AUGGCUAAGCUCAUUUUCUUCCUCGCCGUCCAAAUCCUCAUCCUCGCUGCCGUUUCCUCCACCGGAGACAACGAAGAACACUUUGCCAGAACCAUAGAUCGAAAACUCCUCGGUCUCCUUAAGAAAGAGAAACUAACACAUUUCAAAGUGUAUUGGCACGACAUCUUAAGCGGUCCAAACCCAAGCUCCAUUAGAAUCCAGCCACCGGUUAAAAGCUCCACUACCUACUUCGGAGGAAUCACUAUGAUCGACAACGCCUUGACGGCGAAAGUUGAGAUGAACUCAACGUUAAUAGGCCAGGCACAAGGGUUUUACGCCGGAGCCGCUCAGAAGGAGUUGGGGUUUUUCAUGGCGAUGAACUUUGCUUUCAAGACAGGGAAAUACAAUGGGAGCACGAUCACGAUUCUUGGUCGGAACACGGCGAUGUCGGAGGUAAGAGAGAUGCCGAUCAUCGGAGGAAGUGGUCUUUUCCGGUUUGCUAGAGGCUAUGUUGAGGCUCGAACAAAAUGGCUUAAUUUUAAGAACGGUGAUGCUACUGUUGAGUACAGUUGCUAUGUUUUGCAUUAUUGA